AUGGCAGUUGCAUAUUAUCUGGCUCUGUUAACGUUCUUUCAGAAAAAAGAAAACCACCUGCUAUGCAGGCAGAAGAAAAGUCAGAUCGACUACUUCCUGCUCCUAAGGAACGAACUGAAGAACUUGAGAGAUUGCAAGACCUCUCUCGGAACAGCCCAUUCAAAUGGUGGGCGCGAUGACAGGCCCGUAGAUGCAACGGUGGAACUCGAAGGGAAGCUGAAAGCGUUCAAAAUGGAGGUUACGAGAAAAACGACGAAAUACGACUGGAAUAAGGAAGUGGACGAUGUAUGGGAGCGGAUGGCCACGUAA